UUCGCACUGUUCUCUGGUCCGGAUCACCCCCCCCACCACCACCACCUGGACCGGGCCUGUGCUGGGUGUGUGAGCCGGCUCCUGCGCACCAGGGCCGGGGACAGGCCGGGGACAGGAGGCCGCAGGAGGCCGGGGACAUCGGGCUGAGGACACGGAGCCUCGCUGCUCCUCCUCCCGAAUGGAGCCUGCCCACGUCGGGGGGGAAAUGUCACCUCUGUGUGUGCCAAGAAAAAGAAAGUCAGCCCAGUCACACCUUAAAGGUGGAACUCCAUGUCCAGUUGUUCAGCGAAUCCCGGAGAGAGACUGUGAAUCGAAUGCAGGUGGAGACACUAAGGACGACGGGUCUCAGGCCCACGGUUCUCUGAAGAUGAAACGGACGUACGGUAGGAAAAGGUACGAGGACCUCCAGAGUGUUUCCAUGGGAACAGUAGAUUACCCAACCCCCAGCUGCUCAGUGAUAUCAUCAGGUGACCUGGCCAAUGGGGUGGACCCAGGCUCCAUGGCGCCACCCACAGCGCGGCUCCCUCCGAGACUGGUGGCGAAGGAGGCGUGGCCUCAAGGCCCUGAAGCCUGUAGGGAGCAGUCCCAGCCUCAGGACCAGAGCUGGAACCCCAGGGAAAGAGGCCCCAACGCCUGGGCCCCGGUUCGAGACCGACCCCAGGAGCAGGUGUGGACAUCUGGCAGAGAGCGAGCGGGACACUCGUGUCCAGACCAGACGUGGAUGUCAGGCAGGGACAGAGCUCAUGGGGGACAGGAGCAGGCCUGGAUGACGGGUCAGGACCGGGGACCCGAGCAGGGCUGGGCCGCCGGCAGAGACCGAGGCCAGGAUCAGGCCUGGAACGCCGGCAGGGAUCCAGGACGGGAGCAGGCCUCCUCGGGCCCGGAGCCGGCGUGGGGAUCGGGACGAAACCAAGACCAAGGCUGGAGCAACACGAGCAGAGACAGAGGACACAUCUGGAGACCAGAGCUGAACAUGAAGAAGGUCCAGAGAGCAGAGAUGGAGCGGCCACCAGAGACCAGAGACUCCUGUUCAGACGCAGCCCGUGGUGAAGCCUCCACAUCUCAGUCCAGUGAGGACCACAAACCUCCAGUUGUCUCCAGUAAGAAGGAGCCUCCUACCUACGCUCCAGGAAGUCCAGAGGAGCGCUGGCAGCUCCAGAUUGUGGCCAAAGGCAGAGUCACCUGUCCCAAGUGUAAGAGUGUGAGCAGGAAGACGGUGGAGGGGCUGAAGAAGCACAUGGAGAACUGCCGGCUGCAACCGUUCACCUGUCAACACUGUGGGAAGCAGCUGAAGUCUUCCACUGGGAUGAAGUACCACGUGAUGGCCGACCACAGCCACCUGCCUUCAGCAGAAGAAGCCAAGGACCUGGACGACCGCACCAUCAAAGACAAACUGCGCAAAAUCCUGAAGAGACUGGGCAAAUUAAAAUGCUCCAAAGAGGGCUGCACUGCUGCGUUCACCAGCAUCAUGGGCUACGUCUACCACAUGAAGAAGUGUGGGAAGGAGGAGUCCGAGCUGGAGAAGCUGUUGCUGAACUGUUCUCACUGUGGGAAGACAUACAAAUCCAAGGCUGGUCUGGAGUACCACCUCAAAUCAGAGCACGCUCCUACGCCCCAAAAGACGGAGGAAGACGAGGCUGUGAAGGCCCAGAGGGAGGCCAACCCGGAGCGGACGCCGAGCGGCCGGCUGCAGCGGGCCUCAGCGCAGGUCGCCAACUUCCACUUGGCUGAGAUCGCCAGCAACGACCUCCCCAAAGACUGGCCCAAGAGGAAGUUCCAGUGCGACCUGGUGCCCGACGACAAGAAGUUGAAAUACGCUCGACCCGGCCUCCCUGCCUUCAGCCAGGAGGUGCUGAGGAAGUGGAAGAACGAGGUGAAGCUGCAGAGGAAAGUCCACUGUCCCAACCAGGGUUGUGGCUGCACCUACACCAGUGUGUCUGGGCUGAAGGCUCAUCUGGGCCUGUGCACCAGGGGCGACUUUGAAGCUGGAAAAUACAAAUGUCUCAUCUGCAACAAAGAGUUUAACUCUGAGAGUGGAGUGAAAUAUCACAUCAACUCGAUCCAUUCACAGGAAUGGUUUGUGACCAACAAGAAGGCCUCCAAAACCUUUGAGAAGUUCGUGAAAAACCAGCACAAGGAGUUAAUCCAUAACGUGGACAAGCAGAUUGUGGAUCAGUAUCACCAACACCACCUCCAGCAUCACACUCACAUCCACUGUCCCCAUCACCACCACCACCACCAGCAGCAGCAGCAGCAGCAGCAGCAUCUCCAGCUCCAGCCCAUGCAGCACCCUCUGCAGCCUCUGCAUCACCUCCAGCACCAAACCCAGCUCCUCCACCCGGAGCACCAGAACCUCCCCCCGCAGGCGGACCCCCAGCUGCAGCAGCCCAUCCUGCAGUACACCCCCCUGGAGCCUCCGCUGUGGGUGGACGUGGACCGGAGGGGAGUGGUGCUCGGGGUGGAGCUGACCCCGGUCCAGAUGGAGGCGGCUGCGGAGGACAAACCAGCAGAGGACGGCAGGGAGAUGGUGGAGGGACGAGAGAAGGGAGAGGGAUGAGCGGAGAGAGGGAAGGCCGACGGGAAGAGGAAGGAUUGCUUUGGGUUCGGUGCAGGCGGAGGCGGAGCGGCAGGAGAGGCAAAGACAGGUGGAGCAGUGGAAUCUGAAAGGGCCGGGCGUCAUGGAGCCGCACCCUGAGGCCGGGAAGCAACAACACAGAACUUAAACGACCCUGAAAACUUCCCUUCGUGGUCGUCAAGCGCUAUCGAGCACCGCAGCUCCAACAGAGGUAGGAAGAGACGCCAUCUGGAGUCUGUCCACAUUGUUUUAGACAGUUUUCCUCAAGACAGAGCAGCUAACGACAGAGCUGCACUUCUUGAGAACAUCCUUUCUGUGAUGAUCGGAAGGAAAACCUCAAGGUGUCACCGUGGACGGAGACGUCACGUUUCUCUGUAUCGAAAAUUGUUGUUGCUGUAAAGCUCAGAGAAAUCGUAGUUCUGCCGUUUAUCUGUGUUUGUAUGUAACAGAUUCUUAAACGUGUCUUAUACUUUUGAAAAGGUUUGAUAAACACUCUACGUUUACCUGAAAGGGAAGAAGUUGCUUUAACUUGAAGAGAGGAUGCUUCGGUAUUUUUGUUAAAUUGGUCCAGUCGUUCUCUGUCUGAAAAGAUUUGUGCCUCUUGAAUAUGAUUUAUAACUUCACACGACUCAUCAUCAUCGUCACGUUGAAUCCGAGCGGAUCUAAAAGCCUGAAAUAAGUUAGUAAAUUUUGUAUAAUAUCGACAAAGAAAAUAAAAUAAUUAAAUCUGAUGUCUUUAUUAUUUAUCUUGAAGCUGGGGAUAGAAAACUUCUGUCCUCUAAAAUUGUCAAAUCAAUAACCAAAUUAAUCACCCGACUGAUUUCCUGCGAUGGAUUUAAUAAAUGUAUCUUAUUUGUUUUGGUUAGGAAGGAACUUUAACGUUGAAUUGUGUAAAUCGUUUUAAACCUUCCAAGCAUUGUUCAAUAAACAGACUUCCAUCGGCAGGGGAACAAAGAAAAGCACAGAAACAUGAAUAACGUCAGAGAAGCUGAUUUAUGUAUUUUCACAGCGUAGCACGAGUCCUCUUCACCUCAGAGACUUGAACCGUCCUGAAGGAAAAGCAUUUAACAUGGAGCGUUCAAACACAGACCUGCGUUCAACUCCGAAAAUGUAACCAAUAGCAUGUAGCCUAAUGUUUAUAAACUCUAUCUACAAUAGUGCUUAUGGAUUGGAUGGUUCAUUUGUUUGACUCUAUUUUGUAUUUUUCUUUUCACAUUUAUGAAAGUUUUAGAUUCUUAGUUUCUCUCCUGUUCUGCACUUCAGUUUUCCUUUAAAAACAACAAUGAUUCUUCCCUUUAAUCUGUGAAUCUGUCUUAAACAAACUGUGUUCAUGUAUUUUUCUGUCUCUGAUUCUGUUGAAAGUGUUUUACUCUUCAUCAGAUGCCUUUAGAGAGAUCGGCCUGUGUCGUUAAAAGUGGAAAAACCUCCUGUGCUGCAUGGGAAGUAUUUCAAAAAGCAGGAUAUCGGUCUUUAUUAUUAAUCGAGUAUUAUGAGGUAUUGAUUUCUAUUAUUUUAAAUCAGGCCUGAUAAGAAGUCUCACUCUGUUUCUCUUCAGGCUUUGUUCCCAAAAAUGUCUGUGAGAAUCCGUCCAGCAGUUUCUCAACAAAGCUCAAUCGUCCAUCAAGGCCAAACAGUUCAGUUAAAUUCAAGCUGCGGGAAAUCACACACGAUCAUAGAAGUCAGUUCCGUAAAGGUGACUGAUAUUUUUCAUCAACAUACGUGAAUUAUUAUCUGGUAAAACUCCCCAAAACGUGAUAUAAAUUCCUGGUUCCUCACCAAAGUUCAAUAGUUUCUCCCGUUUUGGUUUUUCUUGUUUUCUUACAAACAAACCAACCAAAGAGCAAACUAAAGGACGGAGGUGACCACAGAACCACUGCUGGUUCCUCUGAUCCUGAGUGGGACCUCUGACUCACUGGGUUGAAAUACUUCCCAUGUCCUUUACGCUUGUGACCAAAUCGUUAUCACCAUGCUUGCCCUUUGAACUGUUUGAUAGCACAAAGAAAAGCACUUCUCCACAUGAAGAGAGAGCAGGCUCAUCAGAUAAACUAAGGCCCAGAUAUGUUAGUUAUGAUAGAUAACUACUGAGAAUUUUACCUUUGGUCACAUUGAGGCCGGAGCACAGUCCUGUUAUCUAAACUCGGUAAAAACUAGUCACUCAGUAGAGAUCGUACUUCCUUCAAGUUCCAACUGUCCCUUUAUGAAACCACAUUUACUGGUAAAGUCCUUGGUGGAUGGAUAAAAACCUUAUCAUAUAAUCUUGUAUUUUGCUGGCAGUGGAUGAGCUAUAACAACCAUUUCCACAUUAUAGAGGACAGG